UUCUACUGCAGCUGACGCCCUGCCUCGAGACGGUUGACCAGUCCGUGGACAAGGGAGACUCGACACUGUCGCUCAUCAUACCGAACACUUUGUUCUACGUGCGGUACAUCUGGAUGUAAGCGUUUCCCUAACCGAGGCCCGUGCCUUAAAACUUAAAUCCUCUACCACUCCAGAUAUAUAUCAUUUUUAUAGAUUUAACAGUUGUACAUUAGGUUCAGUUGGUAGUAAGUUUCAAACAACUGUACAUUAGGUACGGUUGCUGGUAAGUUUCAAAUAGUUGUACAUCAGGUACGUUGUACGUAACGUACGGCUUGUAGUCAGUUUCAAAUAGUUGUACAUCAGGUACGUUGUACGUAACGUACGGCUGGUAGUCAGUUUCAAAUAUUUUUACCGUAGGUACAGUUGGUAGCAAGUUUCAAAUAGUUGUACAUUUGGUACAGUUGGUAUUAAGUUUCAAAUAGUUUCCCCUUACGUACAGCUGGUAGUAAGUUUCAAAUAGUUGUACAUUUGGUACAGUUGGUAGUAAGUUUCAAAUAGUUGUACAUUUGGUACAGUUGGUAGUAAGUUUCAAAUAGUUGUACAUUAGGUACAGUUGAUAGUAAGUUUCAAAUAGUUUUACAGUAGGUACAGUUGGUAGCAAGUUUCAAAUUAUAGUUGUACAUUUGGUAAAGUUGAUAGUAAGUUUCAAAUAGUUUUACAGUAGGUACAGUUGGUAGCAAGUUUCAAAUAGUUGUACAUUUGGUACAGUUGGUGAUAAGUUUCUAAAAAUUGUGCAUUUUUUUUUCAAUGCACUAUACUAUAUAUUAAAACAAAAUAAUGCUUUCAAAAGGAAACUUGACGCAAAAUGAGAUCACGUGAACUGAAAAAACAAAUUCUAUCAAAAUGUCCGUCCGAUCAAAUUUCCUUCGACGAAAUUUCCUUAAAACAAAUUUCCUGUAACCGAAUCGUUUCAGAAUCUCCCCCAUAUUAAGUUAUAAUGAGCCAUAAAUAAAACUAAUGCACAAUGAAUUCUCCGUCAUCCAUAUGAGCAGUUCAAAAUAGAUACACUCUUGAGUUGAAGAGUAGCAUCUCCUUCAUCCUUUUAAAGCAUUCAAGAUUUAUUUUUUUAAGUUUGAUUUCAACGACCUAGUUUAAAAAUAACGAAGGGACGGGACAGAUCAAUGUGAUGGGCUUUGUCACAUGUCUAAUAUUCAGAUAUCAGUUUUGUUUUGUAAAAAUAAUGUAUUGUUUUGUUAAAUAGAAAUAACAGGAAGUGAGGAAUUAUGGGAAGUGUAACGGCCAUAAAUGUUUUGCAGGGAUUCAGAUAUUUGGCGCUGGCCAUGUUCAUUUUUGUUAUUAAUAGCAUCUUGAUGCUCAUUUUGUGAAACAGAAGAGGUUGUAUGAAGGAUUAUAUUUUACUCUGAUCUACAGAGAUCUUGUUUUUAUUGUGUGUCCGUUCAUCAGUCAAUACAAGUCGUGAUGCUAAUUCCUCUGGUGCUUAUUUGGAUAAACAUGGCGGACGUAUGAAAAUGUGGAUGCACAGUAUGGUUUAAGUGAUAAUGACAACCCUACAAGUAACAACAUCAUAACAUAUACAACUGUGUUUAUGAUACGUCACAGGCUUUAUUUAGAAGACAAUCAUGUGUGACUUAUUCCCCUUGUCGACAGGACCCCCCACACUAACACGACUGACUACGCCACCGUCGUGAUCCAGAGCACCGCCAAAUCUCAACUGGAACUGAACAGCGUCCCGGUCGUGACCAAGAGCACUACAGUGAGUGUGACCAAGUGAGUAUAUGACAUGGAUUGCGAUUAAGUACGCAUUAAAAUUGAUUGUGAUUAAGUGAGUAUGACGUUGAUUGUGACUAAGUUAGUAUUACAUUGAUUGUGACUAAGUGAUCAUUGCAUUAAUUGUGACAAAGUGAGCAUGCACUGAUUAUGACUAAGUGAACAUACUUUCAUUAUGACUAAGGGAGUAUUCUAUUGAUUGUGACUAAAAGAGUAUUCCAUUGAUUGUGACUAAGUAAGUGUUUCAUUGAUGGUGACUAAGUGAGCGCGCACUGAUUGAAUGGCUCUCUCAUUUUUAGGAAACACGCCACCUGUUGAAGACUUUGUCUUUAUAGUUUGAUACCUGACCUGUGUCAAUUUGAGAACUGUUAAGUCGUCCUACAAGCAUACCGCGUGUCUGUUUCUCCUAUACGAUGUAGUUAACUUUUUUGUUAACUCAGCAAAAUCGUUACUUCAUUCGAAAUUGUUUCUUUUUACUAACUUACGGCCUCUGCUAAAACUCAUUCAAUUUGUUUAUUUUGAGAAACUCUGACCAUACAAAACCAUCCGAAGACGUCUUAUAUUUUUAAAAAAAAAUAAUAGUUUAAAAAAGUUUUAAAAAGUCAAAACAAAGAUUCCUUAUUUUAUUUUUUUUAUUUUUCGGCGCAAUAAAUACCUCAUCAGAAUUAAAAUCGUUCUGUAUAGUUAACUUUUUUUUUUCCAACAACUUCAGAUUAAUAUCAGAUGAUCUAUUUUAAUUUUUGUGCUUUCAAAAAACCAGUUGAUGAAUUUCAACACUUCGUUAAUUUUUAACUUAAACUACGGGUUAAAAAUAGUCUUGUGUUGUUUUUUUUUUAAAUUAGUUUCUUCCAAAUUUUUUUUUUCUCUUCUUCAGGCAGUACCCAAAUUAGUUUAAGCGUAAAAUUAAUAGUCACUUGAUGCUUGCGGCCAGUUGAAAUCAUGUGUUGGAAGUCACUCGGCACAGGGUUAUUUUAUUGUCUUAAUAAAUCAAUUCGUUGGUUGUUUUUUGUCCCCAGUCUCACCUGGUACAACGUCCCCGGGGACGGAGAGUACCAGAUCAUUAAUUUGAUGGUCCCGAAAGGAGUGAACACUCUGACGACGAACCCUAUAGCGCGAUUCGGUUGCUACCUGUUUGGUAAAGGCGCGGGGGAGUCGUACAUGCACCCAGUGGGAUUCCAUG